GCACAUUUCCAACAAUCUCGUCAUUCGACUGAUAAAGGUUGCAGAGUAUAGACGUGUCUUCUAACACUUCUCUCGAAACAAUACUAAAGAGUUGUUAUUUGCGAACUGAGAUAUUUAAUGUAACUUACUGCAAUUAUACGAGAUAAUUUCAACGUCCGUUAAAGAUGAUGUUGAUCACAAUUGCAUCAUUUAUCGUGCAGCUUUGCGGUUUUUUUACGAUAGCGGCUACGAACAAUAAUCUCGAUGCGAUGACAAAUGAUGCUGUGACUUCAAUGAAUAUUGGCGAUCUGUCCAAUUCUUGUAUCUUUGGUGUUCAUUCAGUAUCGGUACUUUUAUACAAUACACACACUAAUAUUUCUAUUGACAAAUUUAUUAAGGUAAAUGAAUCCUGUGAUUUAUUUGAUUUAUCAAAACCAAUCUUCAUCAUGACUCAUGGUUUUAUUGCAAAUUCAAGUAAUUAUAACUUUUCUGAUCUUGCUAGCCAAUUGUUAAAGAGAGAUUACACAGUAUUUUCAGUAGAUUGGUCUAACGCAUCGUGCUAUAAUGAUCCAGCCAUCAUAAAUUUGCUAGAAUACCCUUCCGCAGUAGACAAUGUUCGUGAUGUUGGUAACUACUUGGCAAGCUUCAUCAAAUCAAUAACCGACAUGUGUGGUGUUCCAUUGAGAAAUGUUACACUUAUGGGCCACAGCCUCGGCGCGCAUAUAAGUAGCUUCGCCGCGAAAUACUUUACGCAUUCGAAUAAUUACGACUCCAUUCCGCUUCUUAUCGGUACCGAUCCAGCGAGUCCUCUAUUCGAGUUAAGAGGUUGCAAAGAUAAAUUUUGUAAAUCAGACGCCAAACGUGUAAUAGCUCUUCACACGUCUCUUCUUGGACUCCAAAUAUCUUUAGGUCACCUCGAUUUGUGGUUUAAUGGCGGAGUCAGUCAACCAGCAUGUGGUGGUGAUAUAAUCGGUAGUCUAAACGUCAAUUGCUCACAUAAUAUAGUCAUUGUUUAUCUAAUUACGUCACUAGAUAAUUGUACAUAUACUGGUGUUUCUGUAUCAUCUAAAGUAAUCCCGGUUCCCAAUGUUAUGCCCGGGUGUUCUUCCAGUACAACUAAUUAUGUUAGUGUGGAUGACAGAAUAAUUGACAAACACUAUUCCCUAACAGGAGACUACUGUAUAUUCGUUAAAUCUAAAUAUCCUUACUGUACUGAGAAUAAUUUUAGCGAUGAAAAAUUGUUGCCAUUUUAACACAUUAAGUUUAUUCUAAUAGCAAUGGAGUUGUACAUUUGUUAAACUUUUAAUAAGUAUAAUUAUAUUUAAUCGCACAUAUUAGUUGGCACAUCUUUAUUUAGCGUGGACUUUUAUCAUUACAAUCUUUGCAUUUACUAAAAAUGUAAACUAUUACUGAUAGAAAGAAAUAAAGAACACGCAUUAAAAUU